AUGGGCACCUCAUCCCCACCCUUGCCUUUGGAGACGUACAAGAUGCAGGUCAAGGCAGAGGCCUCGGGCACCAAGGACAUCAUCUUGCCGCUCCGGAACAUGCAAGUGGAGCGUGCGCGCACCUGGCUGCAGAACAGAGGGGCUGGGCCGCCAAACCCACCCCCGGACUACAUCACUUAUGAUGUGAAGGUCUCGUCGCCCUAUUACACUGCGCCGAAGCAGGUGAGUAUCUACAACGGCAACGGUACCACU